AGUAUAUAAUUUUCUUGGAAGAACCACUUCCGCACCUUCUUCCGAGUUUCCUUUUACAUAGUAUAAAUGCAAUAUAAAUUUUCUUCUUAUCACUAACACAUAUUUUUUGUUAUAUAUAUACACACACCCCUCUAAUUCAGCUUUGGAGUAACCUAGUUGAAGAUGCCAUGGGAAACCUCUUUGGCAAAAAUAAAAAGCGUGACACUGAAAGUGCCAACAAUAAUAAAGGAAGAGGUGGAAGAAUCUACACUGCCGUGACCACAAGAGGCUUACCACCUCAUUUCCCAACACAAUUACCUCAUUCACAGCCUCCACCGCUAUUAUAUCCAACUCUAGAACCUCCGCCACCGCCACCGCCGCCGCCGCCGCCACCGGCACUACCACAAUCCAUGUCCAAGAAACCAAGUUUUGCGAGAGUUUUCGCUAAACAAAGCUCUUCAGUCAUGAACAACAAUCAAUCUGCUGCCAAGAAGUAUGCUUUGAUUCGUGAUAACUUCUCUACCCUUGAACAGGUGACUACAGCCCUGAGGAAAGAAGGAUUAGAAUCAUCAAAUCUCAUCCUUGGAAUUGAUUUUACAAAGAGCAAUGAAUGGACUGGCAGAAUCUCAUUCAAUAAAAGAAGCCUGCAUGCUAUUGGAAGUACACCUAACCCUUACGAGAAGGCCAUCUCUAUUAUUGGCAAGACAUUGGCUCCCUUUGAUGAUGAUAACUUGAUUCCAUGUUUUGGAUUUGGUGAUGCUACUACCCAUGAUCAAGAAGUGUUUAGCUUUCACAGUGAUCAUUCACCUUGCCAUGGCUUUGAGGAAGUUUUGGCCUGCUACCAGAAAAUAGUUCCAAACUUGAAACUUUCAGGACCAACUUCUUAUGCCCCGGUGAUUGAGGCUGCUAUAGACAUUGUGGAGAAAAAUCGUGGCCAAUUCCAUGUGUUGGUUAUAGUUGCUGAUGGCCAGGUUACAAGAAGUGUCGACACAAGUGAUGGAGAACUCAGUCCUCAAGAAGAAAAAACAAUUAAAGCAGUAGUUGAUGCAAGCGCAUAUCCGCUUGCGAUAGUUCUGGUUGGAGUUGGUGACGGGCCUUGGGAAGACAUGAGAAAAUUUGAUGACAAGAUACCAGCACGUGAUUACGAUAAUUUUCAGUUUGUUAAUUUCACGGAAAUCAUGUCCAAAAACAUAAGCCCGUCGGAAAAAGAAGCAGCUUUUGCUCUGGCUGCUCUCAUGGAGAUCCCCUUCCAAUAUAAAGCAACCAUGGAAUUCGGAAUACUCGGACGUGUAACAGGAAGAGCAAAGAGAAUAGUUCCAAAACCUCCUCCUGUUCCUUAUUCUAGGCCUGCACCCAGCAUUAAUACAGCAGCAUCCUCCGGAGAUGACCAAAACCAAACGGCCUGCCCAGUUUGUUUGACCAAUGCAAGAGAUUUGGCCUUUGGAUGUGGGCACAUGACUUGCAGAGAGUGUGGACACAAAUUAACUAAUUGUCCCAUGUGCCGAGAGAGGAUCACUAGUCGUCUCAGGGUGUACAGCGGGUGAUUGUAAUGAAAACCAUGCACAUUAAUUACAUAGUUUGCAUAACAUGCCUUUCUCAAUAGGGUUUAUAUAUGGUGAGGUUAAAAGUCUAAAAAUGAUAGCUUGUCUCUGUUUGGGAUGUUUCAAGUGUAUUGAAAAAUGGAGAUGAAUUGUGCAAGGUUUCUAUAUAUAUGCAUGGUUCGUGUCGAUGCGUUUGAAGUUGUAUAUUACUAUAUACCUGCACAUAAUGUUUAAUAUAUUUAUGGUCUCUAAUCAAAUUUUUGCUCUGCA